AUGACGUCAGGAACGUCUGGGACGUCAGGAAUGCCCGGGACGUCAGGAAUGCCCGGGACGUCAGGAACGUCUGGGACGUCAGGAACGUCUGGGACGUCAAGAACGCCUAGGACGUCAGGAACGUCUGGGACGUCAAGAACGUCUGGGACGUCAGGAACGUCUGGGACGUCAAGAACGCCUGGGACGUCAGGAACGUCUGGGACGUCAAUAACGCCUGGGAUGUCAGGAACGCCGGGGUCGUCAGGAACGCCUGGGACGUCAGGAACGCCUGGGACGUCAGGAACGCCUGUGACGUCAGGAACGCCUCGGACGUCAGGAAUGCCUCGUACGUCAGGAACGCCUCGUACGUCAGGACCGUCGGGGACGUCAGGAACGCCUGGGUUAUCUGGGACGUCAGGAACGUCUGGGACGUCAGGAACGCCUAAGACAGUUCAGGAGAGCAGUGGAAGUUUUGCCGUGGAGUGGGUGGCAGCCCGAGCACUCCCCUGUAGCCCGGUGCUCCUGAACCAGACUAAUGGGCUGCCUGUCUGCAGUAAUCGUGACGGUUGUGUCAGGAAGCUCCUGCUGCAGGCCGCUCUCCGCCUGACUCCAGGCUAA